UUGAAAUCGCUGACGUCAGUACCAGUUGCCUCUGCAAGCAGUGUGUGUUCAGAUACUCUCACAGAGACUGUAAUCACAAAAAAAGAUAUGGUGCAGCCUCACAAAGAUAGCAGAAAAUAAUCUUUGCUUCUUCCCUGCGCUGCUCGCGAUGGGUUGCUGCAUCUCCAGAGAAAUUCUCACAGCUGUUUAUGAUAAUCCCUCAAGUACUGGCGAUGCCCCUCAGAAUGCAAAUAAAGCUGUGGCUCAGGAGAAGAAAAAGCACCCACCGACUGCUGAAGACCAAGAUGUCUGCAAGCAAGACAGGACAGAUUUCUGCUGGGACCCCAUCAUACAGAAUUGCUUCGGAAGCACCAAUGGAUUUUUUUCUGGCUCCAAGCAGACUCUGAACGGCUAUGAUAUUAAUGCACUUGCAAGAUCAUCACUGGUUGGCCUGGUUCAGACAGUAAAAGAUCACAUUACCAAACCAACAGCCAUGGCAAGUGGGCGUGUUGCUCACAUCAUUGAAUGGAAGGGUUGGGGUGCCCAGCGCAGAGGAUGUAAUGCCCCUCCAAUGGAUGAAGACCAAUACUCCAAUCUGACCGAUGAACUAAAGGAAGCUCGUUUUGCCGCAGGCGUUGCUGAGCAGUUUGCUAUUACUGAAGCAACACUGAGUGCUUGGUCCUCGCUGGACACUGAAGAAGUGCUUGGAGACAGCAGUCCAAGCAAUGUGGUUAACUACCUCAAUACAGAGGACAUUUAUUAUGAAGAUCACUCCUCCAAUGGGUCUCAAGGUUUUUACUCUCUAAACGUUGAAGGACCUUGCACUGUGGUGACUCCCGUCACAUCGUCCGUAGACAGCCCAGCUGGCGAGCCAGUGCAAAUAGACAUGGCCACCCUCGAUCCUGCUCACAACGCCUCGCCCGCCGCGACCUUGACUUACGAGCCUCCAAAUUGCUUGUACCUUCCAGAAGCCAGCUCCUGUGGGGGGGUUUUGCACAGGACACUCGGACAGAGCACUGGAAGUCACCAUCACCAUUCACACUCCAGCAACAACAGCUCGUUCAUUGAAGAUGACGUAUUUUAUAAUUAGCCUUAUUGUGCCAGGAACUUAUGGUUGGAAGCCACAGUGCUGGACAAGGAUGCUUUCUGCUUCAUUAUUCAAAAUGGGACUGUCGUUGUUCUACUCCAUUUGAACAUUGUGUAUGUGUGGUGUGUGCGUGUGUGUGCAUGCACGCGAGUAUGCAUGUGUGUGUGUGUAUUACAUUCAUCGGGAUAUAGGAUGAUUAAAUAACACGACACAACAAUUGACCUCUUUGUCCCAGCGUUGAGCAGGAGAGGAAGUCUGUGUUUGCCCUGCAGUGACCCCUCCUAGAGGAAAAGAGACUCAUUGCCCUCCACAGUCACAUCCACACCGCGCCUCGAAAUCUGAAGGGACUCCUGGUGUCCUCAAACUCCUGGCAGAACUUGCAGGGAGAAGAUGACCAGGCUCACGCAUUAGGAAUGAUCAUCUUGGUAAGAAACAGAAGGCAUCGAGGGUGAAAAACUAGAAAACGAAAGGUUGUUUAUGUCCUAGCUUUGCUCGCGUAUAAUACUGUGGUAAUACAGAGCACCCCACUUUGGUGACAAGGAUUUAUGGCCUGUCUUACUCUUGACAUUGUAGCUCUAUCUAAACUUGACCCAGCCCUCUGGUGAAGUAUUAAAAAAGAAAAGGUUUAUGUUGCAAUUCUUCCUUUCAGUUCUUAGAUGCACUUUUCCCCUCAGGUAUUACUCAUCCAAUAGCUCUUUGAAUGAUGUGUUAUUCCUCCUGCUCACGCAAUGCAUAAAACAUCGUCAAAAGGACUUCACAAGGACAUGUGGUCAUUGUCUCACAGGCCGCCGUGAUACUAUUUUGUCUUUGUUGUGUGGAAUGUACGUGGAAUCUAUCACAAUCAAGAAAAAGAAAAGAAUUAAAACAUUUAAAUGUAUUAAAUGGAUUACUCUGUCAGUCGUAUUGUAUGCCUUUAACAUUCUGUGAUGUGAAUACUUUGGGGAAAAGGUGGGAUGUUUUGAAAGAGGCAGCUGGAAUGUAACACCUAAAAACGCACAGGCUGUGUGGUCUCUUGUGGGGUGAGGCCGGAAGGAAGCACCUUCUGCUGAUGACAGAGAUCACUCUCCGAAAGUGUCUGGGGCUUGCUCCAUUUGUAAUGACCACAAGGAACUGAACAACACACAUCAAAGUUGCUGGUGAACGCAGCAGGCCAGGCAGCAUCUCUAGGAAGAGGUACAGUCGACGUUUCGGGCCG